AUGUUGAGCGACUGCAUCCUCAUCAUCUGUAUCGCUUUUGGUACAGCGUUGGCUGGCGAGGGAAUCACGUGGCUUCUGGUCUACCGAUCGGAACAGUAUAAGCGGCUGAAGGCUGACAUGGACAAAAAGACGAAGAAGCUCGAGAGGAAGAAGCAGGAAGUCGGAGAGACAACCGAUAAGAAUUUGAAGAAGAAGCUUGAACGCGAGGAGGAGAAGCUGAAAAUGACGAAUCGCGACAUGUCGAUGAUUAAAAUGAAAUCGAUGUUCGCUAUUGGUUUGGCAUUUACUGCGCUCCUCUCGACGUUCAACUCGAUUUUCGAUGGUCGCGUCGUCGCGAAACUUCCAUUCACGCCGAUUAGUUUCAUUCAAGGAUUGUCGCAUAGAAGUUUGGCCGGCGACGACAUGACCGAAUGCUCGUUCAUCUUUCUCUACAUUCUCUGCACGAUGACGGUUCGUCAGAAUCUCCAAAAGAUUCUUGGAUUCGCGCCGACACGCGCGAUGGCCCGUCAGCAGAGCGCCUCGCCAUGGGCCGCCCAGCAGUCGCAAAUGAGCUAUCUCCGCUAA